GCCAGAAAACAGAAUAUUGCCUUCUGUUCAACCCUGUUAAGGGAAGAGUUCGACUAUCGGUAAAAACAAAAGGUGUAUUUUGCUCUCUACCGUCAUCUGAUUGUAGUUAUUACCCUAGGACGUUCCGUUGGACAGCUAUUGACGAGCGAACUCUGAAUAUCUAAAGUAGCCUAAAAACGAAUUUACUGCGGUGAUUUUGGUUGGAGUAACUCUCUCGCUUUAUUACCUUGUCGCGCAGGUGAAAAUCUGUUGUAGGAAGCAUUUAAGAAACGAAACUACGCAGUCUUUUUUUUUGGGUAAUUCAAUUUUUUUUUUUUUAAAUAUACAAAUGUAAACUCUUGCUCUUUAUGGAAUACAACCACUCGGAAGAAAACUCGGUGGAGAACCGCGAUCACCCUUCGAAUGCCGUGAGCCUUGGCUCCAGUGAGCCACCAUGCCCAGCAGCAUCACAGGGAGCCCCAGACCCUGGUCAGAGCCAGGGGGCCAUGUCGGCCUCAUACCUGUGGAACCCAACCAUCUCCUCUACCGGAGCAGCAGCACCAGCCAGGAGUCCUGCUAUGAGGAGCGAUGUGUGGACCCGGUGGAGUUGAGGCACCAGGGUCCCAGGAGGACCCACCACAAGGCCCACCACGGGGACGUGCAGAUCAAGGCGGCUGAUGAGACCAUCGGCUUCAUCCCCGGAUCAGCAGACUCUCCUCCAGGGGAUCACAGGUGUGGUCCUUGUGCCCCCUCCUCCCCAGGCAGCUGUAAGAACUGGGUGUGCAGCGUGCUGACCUGUGGACUCUACAUGGUGUGUCGGCGCACCAUCCUGGCUCCCAGUCCCACAGGGAGGUCCCCAGAUGACGAUCAGGAGACAGUCAACCUCCGGGGUCUCCAGAGCCACCCUGGGGCCAACGACCCCCAAACCAGGAAGGAGGGCGGGGGUAGUGACUCUGAUUGGUCGGAGGACAUCUACAUCAGAGGGGUCAAAGUGGAUAUUCCCAGAAUGGAGGAGGAGCCAGUGGUCAUUACCAGGCCUCUGUUACACAAUGGAAGAGGUGGAGGAGGGAGACGGUACAGCCCUCCAUCCUACUCCUGGUAUGAGGGGGAUACGGGUGAUCUGAGCAUGGGUGACGUGGACUCUCUGAUCACCCAGAAGCUUCUGGAGCUGUACUCUGAGUACCAGAUCGAGGAGCUGGCCCACUGCACCUCGGACUCGGUGUUCCUGAAGAAGACCGGUGAGAUCAGCCAGCUGAUCAGUGACCUGGCCGAGGAGCAUCAGCUUGAUGAGCAGGAUGCAGAAGGUCGACUGGUCAAGGGCAUCAUCAGGAUCAGCACUAGGAAGAGCAAGAAGAGACCUCCAUACCGAAGGUCACAGAGGAGUACCUCCGACAGCGGAAACGAAACUAUGAGCAACUACCAAACAUCAACCAACAGCAAUAACAAUGAUUACGAUAUCCAGAUCUCCAAGGAGACAGAUUCUGAUAUGAACGCGAGGAACAUGAGGAUGACCAGUGGAGCAGCAGAAAGUUCUGAACGUCUGAUGUCUGUGUGAGGCAUUCCCCUGCCCGGGACUUCAGUCAGAACAUGAUGAUCCAUCUUCAACACUGCUGAUACCAUGGAGCUACUCACCAGUCUCCAGCUGAAGAGGUUGGGUGCCAUACAGAUACACGUAUUGUAAGGUCUAUUUAAUUCUGUGUUGGGAACUUUAAGGAGCCUGAGAAUUAGCACUAUGUUAACUGAAGUGGGAGGAGUAUUAUGCGUAUGCAAACUCCGUCCGAAGACCACAACUUUACUUUGAAGACGAUACUAUGAAUCGUGUCAUCUGUAUAUUGAAGGAUUCUAAUGUAACCAGGGUCGUGAAUGUAUCUUUGAUUCCGGCGUAUUGCGCCCUUGUUUGGGAGUUGGUCUGUCUCAUAGGAAAAGACACUGUAGGUUUACUUCCCAAACCCUUCCAGCAGCUUCCCCUGUUUUGUUGUUCCUCUUAUUACCCUCCAAUUACAUCCGUGGUGGUGUGUGUUCCUUUACCCUUGAAUAACAACUAGCUCUUUUGAUAUGAAACUCGAUUCUCCACUGCUGCCGGAUCUCUUUCUGCAUUAUCGCUUCAACACUAACACAAGAAUCAGUUUCAAGGUAGUGUACUCACAUCCAGGGAUUUGAAGGGUCAAGUAAACUGACCCGAGGAAGAUAGAUAACUGCACACUUGAUUGGUCAACGGUUUUAUAGUGCAACAUGUAGACACCAAGAACUAACCUGGAAUGUACUGGAGGCCAAAAAAACGGAUGAAGAGGGAACACCUCAAAGACGAUGAAUGUUAUUGCCGUAUUGGUGACUUUGAAAUACAAGAUGUAGAUGUGCUUUUUGAUGCCAAGAGAAUAUCAUGCUCCUGUACCUAACGAGGUAACAUUUUACUUAACACCCAGUGUCAUAACAUGUUAUGACAUGGUCUUAACUAUGUGGAAACACUUGACAUAACCUGUCAUAAUAUGGUCAUUACACUGUCAUGACCCAUAUGUUUACACCUGUUGUGACAUAUAUUGUAUUAUUUUUAUGGCUGGUUAUAGAAUCAAAACUCACAUUUAUUCGAAAUAGUUUUUUCCCGGCGAAAAAGUGUCCUUCCGUUUUUAAAAGAUUGUUUCUUAAAUCCUCUGUUAUAAUGAGAUCUUUACGGUCAUGUUUUUGUUGUAUUUUAAUGAACUUGUAGAAUAUCCGCUUUUUGACACUGUUGUGAAGCAUUAUGACCGCCAUCCUAUAAGUCACCUAUCACGUACAUGCUGUAAUAUACAUCAUCCUAUAAGUCACCUAUCACGUACAUGCUGUAAUAUACAUCAUCCUAUAAGUCACCUAUCACGUACAUGCUGUAAUAUACAUCAUCCUAUAAGUCACCUAUCACGUACAUGCUGUAAUAUACAUCAUCCUAUAAGUCACCUAUCACGUACAUGCUGUAAUAUACAUCAUCCUAUAAGUCACCUAUCACGUACAUGCUGUUAUAUACAUCAUCCUAUAAGUCACCUAUCACGUACAUGCUGUAAUAUACAUCAUCCUAUAAGUCACCUAUCACGUACAUGCUGUAAUAUACAUCAUCCUAUAAGUCACCUAUCACGUACAUGCUGUAAUAUACAUCAUCCUAUA